CCCCUCACAGCAAAACAGCAGCGGUGGAGAAGAGACGUCGCAUGACUGCAGUCAUUUGAAGACGCAUUUCCUGAUGGAUUAAGUUGGAUUCGGAGCUCAUUCGAUCAUCGAGUCGUCUCACUUUCAAACCUCCCGAGUUUUGCGAUGGAGAGAUUAGAAGCGACGUCCGAGCUUCAGUCCAGGUUGUCAUCCCUUUCAGUUUCCUCUUUCCCCGGGCUGACGUCCAAACACUGCGAGAGCAGACCGCUCGACAGCCUGCAGAAUACAGAUCUCUCACAGAGAGUUGGCCCUUCCGUCGACCAACCCAGUAUGCAGGAAACUUUGGGCGCUGAUGGCUCCAAGCAAGACGUUCAGGGUGAUCAAGACGCUGCUGCCGAGCAAGCCCAGGGGGUAGACUGUGAGAACAACACUGCUGGGAACUGUCAAUUCUCUGCUGAGAUAAAAGCCCAAAUGCCGCCAUUGAAUCCUCCAGCUACAUGGACGUCUGCUGCACUGAAGGAGCUGAAGGCAAAGCUUCGAGUGGAGAAGGACAGUGUGGUGACUGUGUAUAGAGGGGAUAUUGUGACAGUUCACGUGCCCACCGUCCCUGAGUUCAAACGGGUGUGCUGGGAGUUUGCCACAGACGGCUAUGACAUUGGCUUUGGCAUAUAUUUUGAUUGGACUCCUGUAACCAGCCGGUCUAUCACAGUUCACAUCAGCGAAUCUAGUGAUGACGAGGAGGAAGAGGAGGACAUAGAAGGACCUGUCAGUAGCGGAGAUGUCGAGAAGGGUUCCAAAGCUUUGACCAAUUCAAACCUGGGAGAAAUCUUACCUGUGUACCGCCAAGACAGCCACUUGUCAGUCCACGGGGGGAGCCACGAGUUCCCAGGUGAAGGAACGUACCUGCUGAAGUUUGAUAACUCCUAUUCCCUGUGGAGAAAUAAAACUCUGUACUAUAGAGUAUAUUACAGUGCCUGAGAAACCAAUGUCUUGUCUUUGAAUGUAUGAUUUACAAGAGCUAUUACUCCCAAGAACUAUGAACUAUUUUUGAUUCCAUACUUGUUAAUUAUGAAAAAAGAAAUAUAUAUAUAUAUAUGUAGAAUAUGGCUACGUAUAGGCGUAUCUAUUUUUAUCACUGUCAGGUUUUAGUGCCACAAGGCGACAUGUUAAAUUUUUAAGGUCGGUGAAUAUAAAUGCAACAUUUGCUCCAACAUUCUAUAUUUUGUGAAACCUCGCAUAUGUGCCAUGUUCCCAUAUACGGGGGUGUGCAAUUUAGGCAAAGUGCCCGUCAUAAAAUAUAUAUUGUCUUGGUCCCAGAUAAGUUGUCUAUGGUAGCAGAGAUCAGGGAACACCUGUAAGAGUAAAAGAUAUGCUUUGGCAGACCAGGUGCUUAAUGAGAAUCGCUUUAAAACGUGCAACGUUUUUUUAUUUUGUUUGAGCACCAUUUAUGAUUGUGAUAGAUCAAUUGUGUUGAUAUUGUCAUUUGUAUGUACUCUUCUGUUUUUCAAUUAACUUUUCUUUUUUUUUUACCAUUUUAUCUGCGAACUCUGAUCACAUCCUGAGUUAAUUGUUCACCCGAUGAUGCAAGUCCAGUGUUUUAUCUCUCUACUGUCAUUGCGGUCGCAUAGAGAAAAUAGACAUUUAAGGUCUGUAAGGAUAUUGAAUGUACUGAGGCAAGUGGUAAGUCAUCUAGAGCGGUUAACAGUCUGUUUAUUACACAAAUAAAAGCCAGCCCUUAUCACGUGAAGUUCUCAUCAUCUUUAAUAGGUCCAAUAUUGACAUUUUCCCUUUCUGACUUUUUUGGUUAAUGAAGGGGAGGCGUUUAUCUUAGAGGUCAAACUCAGGAGGCUGUUAUGUCUGUCACGGCUGUAUUAAUUAUUUCACUUAAUUGUAUUUUAUGCAGAGAUGUAUGUAAAUCAAGGUCACCGUGUGUGUGUUUUUGUAUAUCAUCCUGCUGGGAGUUACUUGUGCAACAACCAAACUCCGAUUGUGUUUAUUAGACUAUCCCUUUUUGCUUUUUGACUGUUGCUGCUAAUGCUGACCCACGUGUGUUGUACUGUACCAUUAAGAGUUUGUUCCUGAGAUUUAUAUGCCACAAUAA